AUGUUGAACCUAUCCAGCCUCGUGCAGAAGGCACAGCAGUUCAUCGACCCGACCCAGGGUUUGAACCUUUCCAACUCCGACAAGAACCCGUCCAAGGCAUCGCUGUUCCAGAAUCAGUUCCGCCUUCCCAGCACCCAGACGCCGCUGUACGAGAUCAACGCCGAACUGACCAUCCCCCCCGCCAAUGCCACCUACGGCGAGAAGGACCACGAUCGAGGCUACCACUAUGCUGGCAAGCUGCAUCUCUCCGAGGCCUACAUGUGCUUCUCUACGACACCAUCCAGCUUCGUCCAGUCUGCCAGCACCUCGACAAGCUCAGCCUUCACAGGCCAAACACAUGGCGGGGGACCGAGCGGGAAUGGAUUCACCUUCCCUCUCUGCGCUAUCAGACGGGUUGAGAGGCUGAACAGCCAGACCUUCCAGUUUGCCUUGGCGAUUACGACCUGGAAUGGCAUCAACCAGCAAAAAGAAAAAGACAAAACUAAGGACCAGGAUAAGGAGGCUGCCGAUAAGGACAAGAAGGACAGUAGGGAGCAGAGGAUUACAAUACAUCUGGCGGGCACCCGCCAGGGCUGUGAGCGUUUUUGCGAUGGCCUGAAGAAGGGACUGAGGGCCGGUGUUGGCAAUGUUACCAAGUACAAGAAGGUUGUCGGCGAGUGUUACUCCGAAUAUCUUCUCAGACCGGACGACAAGAAGAACGCGAGCCCUCCCGACGCCGGCCUGGGCAUGCUCUUCCGCUACCCAGGAGAUCCGAAGAAGCUGCGUGACCGGGCCAAGAUGCGCCUGUGGGCAGAGUACCUACGCGAUAAUGGGCGGAACAUGACGCUGAUUCGACAGCCCACCUUUCACAAGCUCAUCCGUGUCGGUUUGCCGAACCGCCUGAGAGGUGAAACCUGGGAGUUAACUUCCGGAUCGAUCUAUCUCAGACUUGAGAACCCCAGCUUAUACACCGACACGCUGGAAAAGUAUGCCGGUCAGGAGUCGCUCGCUAUUGACGAAAUCGAAAAAGACCUGAACCGAAGUCUUCCAGAGUAUCCCGGCUUCCAGAGUGAAGAGGGUAUUGGCCGUCUCCGACGAGUCCUUACAGCCUAUAGUUGGGUCAACCCUGACGUCGGAUAUUGCCAGGCUAUGAACAUUGUCGUUGCGGCCCUGCUCAUCUACAUGUCUGAGACGCAAGCUUUCUUCCUGUUGUCUUCGCUUUGCGAUAGACUUGUUCCCGGAUACUAUUCGACAACUAUGUACGGCACACUCCUGGACCAGAAAGUUUUCGAGUCGCUUGUGGAGAAGACGAUGCCGGUUUUGUGGGAACAUCUGGUCAAGAGCGAUGUCCAACUUUCGGUAGUCUCACUGCCUUGGUUCUUGUCCUUGUAUGUCAACUCCAUGCCUUUGGUCUUCGCCUUCAGGGUCCUGGAUGUCUUUUUCGUCGAAGGACCCAAGGUUUUGUUCCAGAUAGGCCUGGCAAUUUUGAGGAUCAACGGCGAGGAGCUCCUUGACGCUGCGGACGAUGGCGCCUUCAUUUCUAUCCUGAAGACGUACUUUGCGCGCCUUGACGAGUCAGCGCACCCGAAGUCGGAGAACCCCAAGUUGCGCGCCGUGACAAAGUUCCAAGAGCUGAUGGUGGUGGCGUUUAAGGAGUUUUCCGGAAUCACUCACAGCAGCAUUACCGAUUUGCGUUUAAAGAACAAGGAUGCCGUCCUUAGUAACAUUGAAAGUUUCGCCAAGAGAACGGCCAUUCGAAACUUGGGCCCCGACAGCAAGCUUCUUGCUUCUGAGGAGUUGGGCGCGUUAUAUGAUCGGUUCUACACCAUUCUAUACGAGAGACAGCAGCGAGACAGCAUCAUUCAGCAAGAGAAGCAACGUCGCGCAAAGAAUGCACGGCCUAGAGCGCGAGAUGUGUUUGAAGACAGCCCUGACCACGGAGUUGAAAAAGGCCGAGUUGCCCUCGGGCCCAGUACGAGCCUGAUGGACUACGAUGCUUUUAGAGAGUUCCUUGCAAACAUGGCCAAAUGGGCCAUAUCAGACUCGCCCACAACCCCACGACGUGACACAUUUGCGGACAAGGAUAGAAAUGCCUAUACCAGCCGUCGACAGACUAACGGAUUGCUAUCUCCUUGGGGCUCCGGACCAGAGCCCGCAGAUCAUGAAUUUAUGCAGCUUCUUUUCAAGAAAUGGGACGUUAGUGGCACAGGUGCAUUGACUCUGUCAAACGUUGUUGCUGGCUUUGCCAGUAUCAAGGGCAAACGGGAUAUCAUGGGCACCAUUACUUACUUCUUUGAACUGUACGACGAUGACGGGGACGGUAAGGUCGAUCGUGAGGGUAUCCUGCGCAUGUCCGAAGCGCUCCUUUUCUUAUCAAGACGAGGGCUCGAGGGAACCCUUAGCCCGAGCGCCUCUAGCCUUACCCUCAAUACGCCGAACGGCAUGGGUAACCAUGGACUCGAUUCCAGCCUGCCCGGGAUAUCGACAAAUGAGAAGUUCUUGGGAAGCGUCAGCGCAUUCAUAAGGAGAUGCUUCGAGUAUGCUGAUCCAGAUCACCCUCAUAAUCAAAAUCAAAAGGAAAAUGAAGAGAAGUCCAAGUCUGCGGACACCGACGGCGCUUUCGCUAUCGGCGAUGAUGAGGAUGAUGAUGAAGAAGACCUUCUUGCCAUGGAAUCGCCCACUGGAAGUCCGUCUAAGGCGAAGAGAUCUUCGGAUGACUCGCCCUCAGCCUCGGAAGAUAAGCUCCCCGCCGAAAGUCCGACCCAGAGACGUGUCUCAAAGGCGCAGUCAGAAGCCGCAAAUGCUGCGUUAGACCCGGCCAACCCUCUACACAUCACACUUCCUACUUUCCGCAUGGUCGUACUCGCCGACGAGCUUCUGGAGCAGUUCUUUGAGUCUUCUUUCCCCACCUCCUUCCAUCUCAUCGAUGGUUUACCUCAGGUCUCAACCCCGACUUCCACCUUGACUACCUUCUCUAGUCUUAACUUUGGACGUGCACCGGCUGCCGCCAUGAACCCUGCCGCCCAGGGUGCCACUCGUGGCCUGCGCGGAGUGCUUGAUAACAUCGUCACAGACGGCAUGCGUGUCGCUGCCGAGGUCCGCAGAAGAAUGGAGGAGGCUCAAAAGGAACUGGAAAAGAACGCCCUGCCCGGUCAAAGGGACGAGGAAGAGGAAGAUGAUGCAGAUAUUGGAGUCGAAAUCGGCAUCAGAAAAGGUACAGCCGGAGGAAGUGCCGACAUUGAGAGACGGAGUGUCCGGAGUGAAGACCGAGAUCUGCUUGAUGGUGCUGACGCCGAAGCUGGUGCCAGCGGCAACGGCAAGGAAGGCCAACUCGUCGACAUUGAACCAGUUACCAGGAGCGAGGCGAAUGCUAAGGGAGUUGUCGAGUUUGAGGGGUAA